AUCAUCAUAAUCAUUCGUAUCGAAAUCAAAAUUUGAAAAAAUGAAAUUUCAAUUGAUUUUAUUAAUCUUAUCGUUAUGUUGUUGGACUCAAAUUUUUGGCCAAACUACAAUCAUUCCCGAGACAGUUUCGUCGGAUGAGGAAUUAACACAAGAUGUGACGAUUUCACCAGAGAAUAUCGUACUCGAUGAAACUAUUCCUAAUGAAGCAGCAGUUAUUCCAGCAGAAAUCAUCAGAAAUACUGAAGAAGAAACAAGUAAAUCCACUGUUUCACAACAACCACAACAACAACAACAGUCAAUUGCAUUCCAUUUGCAACAACAACAACAAGCAACAGAUUCGCCUCAACAACAUCAAUCACAACAUCAAUGGAAUUUGCCAAGAGUUCAUCAAAUGAAUCGUUUUCAAAUUCCACAUAAUUCAAUGCCAACUGCAGUCAAUCAAGUAUAUCGAAUGACUGGCCAUCGACAUCAUCAUCCACAAAUACCACAUCGAUCAAUCAAUUUGGCAUAUCCAUAUCAUUCAUAUGUUCCACAACAGCAAACACAAUCGGUUCCACAAGCACGAUCAUUAUCUCCAACCAAUGGUUGUCAAGGAACAAAAAAACGAGAUGUGGAUGAAAAUGAAUCAAAAAUAAAUUUUGAAUCCUGGUAUUUGAACAUAGCCAACCAUGAUUUAUUGUUUUCAGUAUGUGGUACAUUAUUACCCGGUCAUCGUAUCCUAAUCGAAUCGAGUAGUCCAGAAUUUUCCGCAUGGAUUCAAAAGAAGCUUGAUAGUGGAAAAGCUGACAAAAAUGAACCAAUAAUGAUUCAAAGUAUUAAUGAAUUGAUCCACAACGAUAAUGAUAAUGAUGAUAUUGAUGGAAACAACAAACAAAAAAAUCAAUGUUCAAAUGAAGAACUAUUAGCAGCAUUCAAAAUUUUUCUUCAUUAUUUUUAUUCCGGUACGGCUGCAUUUGAUUCGAUUGAUGAUGUGAAUGUUUCAUUGUUUGUCUUGCAAAUGGCUCGUGAAUUUUUGGGUGAAAAAAUUGCUGAACGUAUUGUUGAACCGAAAAUCAUUCAAUCAAUGAAGAUUGAUAGCCUUAGUCGUGUGUACCAUUUUUGGCAUACAAACAAACUCGAUUCAUUGAAAUUAAAAUGGUCAAAAUUCAUUGCCGAUCAUUCAUCAUUGUUUAGUAAUCAUGUACCAUUCAGCUGUGAUGAAGUUAUCAACGAUGUUGAACUUCUUGAUCAAUUUCUACAAAGUCUUAACACUACUCAAGCUCAAGUGAUUGGAUUUAUUCGUCAUUUUUUACAAAAUUGUCCUGAAUCAAUACAUCAAACAAUCAAAGAUGCAAGUUCAUUACCAAAUUCAUUAUACUUUUUCCGUUGUACGAUCGAUGAUCUCAAAGAAUUACAUCAAAUUGGUUUCAUUUCUAUUGAAAUACUUGCCGAAGAAUUGGAAAAUCGUCUUCGUGCUAAAGAACGUGUAUGCGAAGAAUUGAAACGAACACCGUUUUUAAAUCCAAAAACUUUUAACCUUUUCCGACAGAUGGAACCAUAUUUGGGUGCAUUUCGACGUGCAGCAUAAAUUUUUAAAAUAUUCAUAUUCAUAUUUUUAUUUAUAAUAAUAAUCAACAAUAUAUCUCUUUGA